UCAUCUGACUCAUCUCACGUCAUCUCAAAGGUUUUCCGGGUUUUUCCUUGAGGGGACGGUGAUAUAACGUAUCUUUGUGGUACAUUAAAGCCUUGAUUUUGCCCAAAUGAACCGUAUAUUUGGAAGCGGAAAGCCUAAGGGUCCACCGCCGAACCUUACAGACUGCAUAGGAAAUGUCGAUUCCCGGGCGGAGUCCGUUGACAAGAAGAUUGCCAGACUAGAUGCUGAACUCGUAAAAUACAAGGAUCAGAUGAAGAAGAUGAGAGAUGGGCCUUCAAAGAACAUGGUGAAGCAAAAAGCUAUGAGAGUUCUGAAGCAGAAAAGAAUGUAUGAGGGCCAGAGAGAUAAUCUCAUGCAGCAGUCGUUUAACAUGGAACAAGCAAACUACACAAUUCAGACACUUCAAGACACUAAAACCACAGUUGAUGCCAUGAAGGUCGGCCUCAAAGACAUGAAGAAAGCAUACAAGAAUGUGAACAUUGAUAAGAUUGAGGGUAUACAAGAUCAGCUGGAGGACAUGAUGGAGGAUGCCAAUGAAAUCCAGGAGGCAAUGAGCAGAAGCUAUGGCGUGCCUGAAGUUGAUGACGAUGACCUGGAAGCAGAGCUGAAUGCUUUAGGAGAUGAGCUCCUGAUGGAUGAUGACAGCUCCUACCUGGAUGAGGCUUCAUCAGCUCCUUCCAUCCCAGAAGGCAUGCCUGGCAACAAGACAACUAACAGGGAUGGUGUUCUGGUGGAUGAGUUUGGCCUUCCUCAGAUUCCUGCUACAUAAAGGAGCAAUCAGAACACUGAGUGCUUGUUUUACAUUUAUCAAUUUUGUAUUUAUCCAACUGACUCCCUGCCUAAAGACAGCACUGAAAGCCAAAGAAUCUUCUGUCCAUCAACUGGUGGGAAACUUUUAUGCAAAAUCAGGUUUCUUAAUUAAAAGCUGGUCAUUCUAUCAGUUAGUUUAGUAUGUAUCUGAGGUGAUUGGUGGAAUUGGGAUUCUCUUAACUCUGUACAGUUUCUGUAGUGCUCUGUUGCCAGGAACAAAAUAAAUUAUAUUUUUCAAACAAUAA